CCAUUGAGAGAUUACUACUCUGUCCCGCGUGUGUCAAGGUACUGACGCUAUUAACUUAUCCCGUCUGUUGCGGUCAGCGCUGUUUUACACCGUCGGUUCGUUUAGAGCUUCAGGGAAUCACAACUGUGCAACGUUGGGAACUGCUGAGCGUUCGAAGAAAAGAAAGAAGAAAGAGAGAAAGGCAAUCCUCGGAUCGGAUAAAGAUUCCUGCUGUUAUGGCGACUGCUACCCCUAGCCGUGAAGCGGGUCGGCCGGCGGCCUCGACUCCUCUCUCCCCGACCCGCAUCUCCCGCCUGCAGGAGAAACAGGAGCUGCAGCACUUGAACGACAGGCUUGCGGUCUACAUCGACCGGGUACGAGCUCUGGAGCUGGAGAACGACCGGUUGAUGGUCAAAGUGUCCGAGAAGGAAGAGGUGACGACCAGAGAGGUAACGGGUCUAAAGGCUUUGUAUGAGGCUGAGUUGGCGGAUGCUCGGCGUGUUCUGGAUGAGACCGCGAGAGAACGAGCCAGAUUGCAGAUAGAUUUGGGCAAGGCUCAGGCUGAACUGGAUGAAGCUACACGCAGUUUGAAGAAGAAGGAUGGUGACCUGGCAGCAGCAGUCUCCAGGGCUGGUACUUUGGAAGGCCAGCUGAAUCAGAAUGAAGCGGCUCUCUCCACAGCUCUGAGCCAGAAUGCUGCUCUGACUGCUGAACUGGGAGACCUCAAAGGCCUGCUGGCUAAGGCAGAGGACAGCCAUGCUGUCGCUAAGCGCCAGCUGGAGGCCGAAACUCUGAUGCGUGUGGACUUGGAGAACCGUUGUCAAUCCUUGACUGAGGAGCUAGAGUUCAGGAAGAGCAUGUUCGAAGAGGAGGUUCGUGAGUCUCGGCGUAGACAGGAACAGAGGAUAGUGGAAGUGGAUUCUGGAGUUAGGCAGGACUACGAGUUUAAACUGGCACAAGCUCUGCAGGACCUGAGGAGGCAGCAUGAUGAACAGGUUUCUUUGUACAAGGAAGAACUGGAGCAAACUUUUCUGGCAAAGCUGGAAAAUGCCAAAGUGUCUUCAGAGAUGAAUGACAAGGCAGUGAAUGUAGCAAGGGAGGAGCUACAGGAGUCUCGCAUGAGAAUAGAAAGCCUUGGCUAUCAGCUGAACACUUUGCAGAAACAGGCAUCAUCUGCAGAAGACCGUGCAAGAGAGCUGGAGGAAAUAAUGUCAGCAGAGAGAGAUAAGCACCGCCGAGCCAUUGAGGGAAAGGAACAGGAAAUGAAUGAGCUAAGAGAGAGGAUGAACGCCCAGCUAAAUGAAUAUCAAGAGUUGCUGGAUGUUAAGCUAGCUUUGGAUAUGGAGAUCAAUGCAUACAGGAAGUUGCUGGAGGGAGAGGAGCAUAGAUUGAAGCUGUCCCCGAGUCCCUCCCAACGUGUUGCUGUUUCUAGAGUAACAGGUUCCUCCUCCUGUCGUUCCUCCAAAAGGAAGAGGCUGGAGGCGGAGUCUGAGGAGGGACAGAUGGAGGAAGGAGGACAGCUCCUUGUGUCAGAGGAGGCAACGGCUAGUGGAGCAGUGACUAUAUCGCCCACUGAUAUGGAUGGAAAUUUUGUAACACUUACUAAUGAUUCUGAACAGGACCAGCCUCUUGGUAGCUGGCGAUUGAAAAGAAAGGUUGACAGCGAGGAAGAGAUUGUCUACAAAUUCUCUCCAAAGUUUGUCCUCAAGGCAGGACAGUCAGUAACGGUGUGGUCAGCUGAUGCAGGUGUGGCCCACAGUCCUCCAACUGACCUGUUGUGGAAGAGCCAGUCUUCCUGGGGGACAGGAAAUGAAAUCAUUACCACCUUGACUGACGCAGAUGGAGAGGAGGUGGCCAGAAGGAGUGUCACCAAGACUCAGGUAGAAGUGGAGAAUGGAGAGGAGGAAGUGAUGGAAAGGAGUGGUAAGAAGACUACAUCGAGAGAGUGUGCCAUCAUGUGAUGACUUUUUUUCUCUCUUUUUUUAUAACUUUUUUGCCAUGCAUCCUCCAACCCCAUCCAGGAGUCACUCAAAUAUUUUUCUAUACAUCAUUUUUGAUACGUCAUUUUACUGUCUUUUCAUAGCUGGAGAUAAUAAGAGGACUUUUUUACCGUGUUUUAAUGCUCAGUAAAUUUUGAAUUUUAAAAUUUUAAAUGUAGAUGAUAAUGCAGCAACUGUAAUCAUGUGUUGAUUGCAGAUUACAUGUUAUCUUUACUGCAAACGUUAAGGUAAUAUGACACUGGCGCUAAAUGUCCAUAUGAACAGUAUGGCAAUCUUACCUUUUACAUCAAUAGACAGUUGUGUUGCUGUUUUCAGUCUUUUCUACUCGGUACUUGAUUUCAUUCAUUUGGGGGAUGCAAAAUGGCCCUAAUUAAAAGUAGCACAUUAAGAUUGGUGGCUAGGUGAUUUUCAGAAAUUAUUAGAUCUUUCAGAACCUGUUAUGCCUCAACCAUAGUUUUUUUUUUUCCUCCUCAAAAUAUGUGAUGAAUGUGACAAAUCCAAUGUUUUUAAAUGCAAAUUUGUAGUUGCCUACCGAGAGCGUUGUCAGACCUGUGAUCACAGAUCCUGACUAAUGCAUUAGUACAGCCCUCAGCUCAGUUCUAAACUUCUGCUCUUCUUACAUCUCUUCUCCUCUCCUUUCCUGCCCAAUAGAUUAAGGAAAUGUCAGAGCUUGUUUCCUUUUCUGUAUGUCCUCCAAUGAGAGUAGGUGUCAGAAAGCGAAGUUUGGAAUUGACUGAACAAGUCUUUAAGGGGUGAGGUUAAGGUUACUGAUGUCUAAUGAUUGCUCAUGUUGGAGAAUGUAUAGGCAGGGUAGAUUUGGUAUUGUUAGCUUGGCUUAGAGCCCAUGGUUAGUUCUCCAUUUUAGAACACUAGUUUUAUUUGAAACAAUGUCGCAGCUUACAACUUCCUUUGUCACAAGUCUGAUUUCUGCAAGUGAGAUUUGACGUGUUAGCUUUGGGCUGACUGUAACCUAAUUUCUAAUGUGAACCUGACUGGAUAAGUGACGGCACAAAUGUCAAACGUUCAUCAUAUUGCAUCUGUCACUUGCAGAAAUCAGGAGAACUGUGUGGGAGGGCAGUUCUCAGCCAGGCUACACACACCUUGAUAUGCACCUGAAUGGCUGUUGAGAUAAAACAUAAUUUGUAUGAUAAAAGAUUUACAGUAGAUGGCAUUUAGGUCAUAUCAAAUACAGUCAAUAAGUCUAGGAUACCUGACAUGUGCAGGAGGGUGGGACAAAAGAUGUGGAUUGGAUUUAUGUAGUCAUCACAUAUUAUAGACUUUAGAAAUAUGCGUGUGUGGAUUACUUUUGAAAUGUAAUCUUGUCAGUGUUCAGAUGAUUUUCACAGUCAGAAACUUAUAAGGACACUGGUGUAUUGAGAUGAAAAUGUAGGCAGGGCAGACCACAGAGUACAGAAACUGAUGGGGCAGUGAGGUAUGGUCAGUAUUCUGAUGCAGUUGAAUUGACCUUUCAUAGCCAUCUCAAAGUGUGAGAAGUAAAAUAAUAAGAGAAAUUCUUUGGCUCAUGUUAGACAAUUUGCCCCAACCAUUGGCUUUAAUAUGAUUUCUUCAUAUUGUGGAUCUUGGCAUUCCAGCCACUGAUCUAAGCGGUGGUAUUCAAGGCAUCAUGGGAUGUGCUGCCUCCACACCCUUCUGGAAGCUAGGACACUGCCAUGAUUAUAAAUUCAUGGGGUCAUGCCUCUAAAACAGAGUUGUUCUAGUGGAACUUGCCCUAGAGAUGACACGUUGAAACUCAGUUGUGAUGCUUUCAUUGACUCGGCUGUGCAGGGACAGAGUUCCUCUUGCUGCACCAGUCGUUUAAUUCAGGUUCCUCUGCCUCUUCUGGAGUAAGAAAUGUAAAUUUAGAACAGUAGCCACUGAAAACUCACGAUACUGAGAUGGUCAAUAUUGUAAUGACCAUUUGCUAUACAGUGGUCAGUUUUUGAACUGUCUUGAAAUAGCAUCAUGAAGCUAACAUGAUGGCCAUUGGAAACUGCAGUGGACAAACCAUGGCUCUACUUUCUAAUUCGUGAAUGCUGACUAAUAUUAUGCAUUUAUAGCCAUUGCUUUGCAUUACUUUAAUAUUGAUGUUUUGAUGGUGUUACUCUGUAAUUUAGUUUGCUCACUUGUAUUGUGUUUGUACUAAGUUUCUCUGGGGUGAUAAAGGUUUGGGUGUUCAUGGAUGGCCAAUUGGACCAGUGUUGAAAAGAAAAUGCAACCUGGGCUUAUCCCAGGUCCUGCCAUUGAAAUAUAAUCUGUUACUUUCAACGCCUGUCAUUUGAUGACAGGUUUAAGCUUGCAGCUAUCCAGCUGACUUGCCAGUACCUGCCACUGGAGGCUGCGCAUGGGGCUCAUGAAAGGAGUUAAACAAGUUUACCAUAAACUGCGGCUCUUUACACCACAAGCACUGUGUUAGUGAACCUAGAUUCAAAUCUCAACAUCCUGGACUCAACGUGUAUUCAAAGGCUCUGACAGAAAUGAUGUUAAUCAUUCAAAACGCUCCUCGUACCUUGGAAGUUUACUGAAAAUUCAAUGUUCAUAUUGCAAAGCAAAAAAUAUUUACUGUAUUCUUGGAUGAAAAACAGACUGGACACAUGUCUGAAUGUUCUCAUUCAUCCAGGUCAUGUUUAUCCAAAGGAAUUGAAUCAAGUGCAACUGGACUUGGUAUAUAUAUCCGUAUAUACCAAGUCCAGUUGCACUUGAUUCAAUUCCUUUGGACAGACUGGGCACAGUGUUGAAGCAGAUGUUGGAUGGUUGGACUGAAGAGCAUUAAGCUAGUUGCUUAGAUGAGAAGGAGAGCUGCAGGGCCUUCAGUUCUCUGUCCUGUUCAGCAGGUGCUUGGGACCUGAAAGAGCUGCAUGGAAUGUUUUGAAUAGUUUCUCAGAUUUAACUUGAAAGUUGUUUGUCUUGUGGCCAUACUAACAGUUUUGAGAUAUCUGUGUACAAGUCUGGUUUGAGGGUUUUCCAGAAUGGCAGUCAGUGAUGUAGCUGUGUUUGAGCCAUUUCUUCUGAAGUUGUGAAUAAAUGUGACUGUGUCCAGUAACUACGUGAUGCAAUACAUUCAUUACAGAGCUAUAGACGGUGUGUAGGCAUGCCAUGACUGAGCCGGUACCAGUCCUGAAGGCUUUAUUCAUAUGGUUCCACCUGGCAGGCUGAUGACUGACUGGUGUCCUGCGUCCUCUGGUGUCUUCUGUGGCUGUCGGCUGAUGGUUACAGCAGACCACAUCUGGACAGAUGAAGACUCAGUCAAGAUGAGACGUAGGCAUAGCACAACAGUCCAUCAUCCUGUCAGGUGGAACCGUAUGAAUAAACCCUCAGGACUCGUACCGGGUCAGUCAUGGCAUGUCUACACGGUCUACUGCUGUGUGGUGAAUGUGUCAUGUAAUGUAGUUAAUGUACAUCGUUACCAAAUAAACACUGAGCCUAAACACCCAACUCUUCAUCACUGUAGUCUUUUAGUGUUAUAGGGGUGAGGUGGCAUGCCAAAUGUCAGUUUGUUCAUUGGUAUACUUGCUAUUGAAAACUAUUUUUUGUAUACAUAAAUGUUUUCCAUAUUAAGAAA